CGUCCCUCGGUCCGGUCCAGCCAGAUUCACAGCACUGGCAAAAUUUGCGCGUCAUUUGUCGGCUCUAGCGAUGGCGGAACGGUGGGGUGGAACUUUUAAAUGUCUGUCCCCAGCUUUGAAGCACUUCCUAGGCCCAUCUUGAAUGCCGAGGCAUCUCUCGGACAAGCGCAACCGACGUUCCUCCACAACCAACCACAACAAUAGAAGGCAGAUCAUUCCGCUCCGCUGCGCUCGUGAGAACCCAGUCUACUCUUUUAAGUCCCUUGUGCCUUGAACCUCCUUUUGAAUUCUUCUUGUUUUUGCAAUACAGACGUCGGGAAUGUUGAGAGUUCUUGCCAAAAGCAGGACGCAGUCGCAGGUGUUUAGAGGCUUGUCUGCAGCGAAGGUAUCAAGAACCGCGGGAAUGGCCCCAGCAGCCAAGCGGAGCAACAGCUCUGCUCUGCCAGCAGGAUAUAAAGAGGAUUCUGCCAAAGGCCCUAUGCUACGAUUCGAAGAAUCUCUCCCCAAAUUACCAGUACCGACUCUAGAAGAGACUGCUGUUCGAUACCUCAAAUCCGUACACCCAUUACUCUCUACCUCCGAACUCGAAUCAACAACAAAGGCGGUGCAGGAAUUCAUCAAGCCAGGUGGAAUCGGGAGUAAGCUUCAGGAAAAGCUUAUUGCACGACGAGAGGAGCCCAAACACAAGAACUGGAUCUACGAGUGGUGGAAUGAUGCAGCAUAUCUUUCAUACCGAGAUCCUGUCGUACCUUAUGUCAGCUAUUUCUAUUCACACAGAGAUGACAGACGGCGGCGAGAUCCUUCCAAGAGAGCAGCAUCCAUCACUACCGCGGUCUUAGAGUUCAAGAAGCAGGUGGAUGGUGGAACCUUGGAGCCCGAAUACAUGAAGAAGCUCCCCAUUUCCAUGGAGAGCUACCAAUGGAUGUUCAACUGCUGUAGAGUACCUGCAGUACCCGCAGACCACCCUGUCAAGUACUCCCCCGAGGAAAACAAGCACUUCUUGGUCAUCCGCAAGAACCAAUUCUUCAAGGUCAUGCAUGAGGUUGAUGGCAAGCAACUCAAUACUUCGGAAUUGGAGCAACAAUUCAAGGCAAUCUACCAAAAGGCCGAGAAAGUACCAGCAGUGGGGGUGUUGACCUCUGAGAACCGCGAUGUCUGGACCAAUGCUCGAGAAGUUCUUCUCAGGGCACACUCCUCGAAUGCUGCAGCUCUCAAGACAGUUGAGUCUGCAUCAUUUGUCGUCUGCUUGGAUGACGCCAGCCCAGUCACUCUUGAAGAGCGCGCCCACCAAUACUGGCACGGUGAUGGCCAGAAUCGCUGGUUUGACAAGCCGUUGCAGUUCAUCGUCAACGAAAAUGGUACUUCGGGUUUCAUGGGCGAGCACUCCAUGAUGGAUGGCACACCCACUCACCGCCUCAAUGAUUUUGUUGGAGAAAUGAUCUUGCACAACAAGCUCGAUUUUUCAAAUCCUUCGGUCCGAUCAAAUCUUCCUGAUCCUACCGUAGUGAAAUUCCACGUCAACAAGGAAGUCCAAGCUGAGAUUGAGCGUGCCACGAAAGACUUCACGGAAGUGAUUGGUGCUCACGAGUUGAGAGUUCAAGCCUACCAAGGAUAUGGCAAGAGCUUGAUCAAGAAAUUCAAGUGCUCACCAGAUGCUUACGUUCAAAUGAUCAUUCAGUUGGCAUACUUCAAGAUGUAUGGCAAAAAUCGACCAACAUACGAGUCCGCAACCACCAGACGUUUCCAACAAGGCCGAACAGAGACCUGCAGAUCAGUUUCAGCUGACUCUGUUGCGUUCUGCAAAGCUAUUUCAGAUCACUCAGUUGCGCCCGAGGAAGCUACCGCCCUCUUCCGCAAAGCCAUUAAUUCUCACGUUGAGUAUAUCAGCGCUGCAUCGGAUGGCAAAGGUGUCGACAGACAUCUGUUCGGAUUGAAAAAAUUACUUGGUCCCAGCGAGGAGGUGCCAGCUAUCUACAAGGACCCAACAUAUAGCUACUCAAGCCAUUGGUUCCUCAGCACCAGUCAAUUGAGCUCCGAGUAUUUCAACGGCUACGGUUGGAGUCAGGUUGUGGAUGACGGUUUUGGAAUUGCGUAUAUGAUUAAUGAGAACAGCAUUCAAUUCAACAUUGUAUCAAAAGGUCUCGGAAGCGAACGAAUGAGCUUCUACCUCAACGAAGCAGCAGGGGACCUUCGAGAUCUCCUUACCCCGACGCUCGAGGCGCCAAAGGCGAAGUUGUAGACUUGGUUUGCAUUGCUUAGAGAGAAGGAAAUGGUGAUCGCAUGAAAGAAAGAGGAUUUAGUUUUAGAUGCACUGUACCAUACUACUGAUCGCGUAGCAUAUUAGACUUGCUACUUUCUCACGACCUGAUCACGUUUUCCC